AUGUUAAGUGGAGGAAGAGUUUUUGGUGUAGAAAACCCAAAGGGUAAAUCUGGCUCGCAGGAUGGCAAAACAGACACUGGGUACAUAUUAUUUGGAUCAAACGAUUACGUAAUCGAUUGCUGCGGGACAAUCACUGAGUGGCAAAUAGAGUCGUCUGGCAGUGGUACGGUUUACUUCCAGGUAUGGCGUCCUUCUGGAAGCGAUUAUAUACUCGCUGGAGAAAAUGCAGGGUCUGUAGGCGCUGGGUCCCAAACUUUGACAAUUUCAUCUGGAAAUCAAAUAUCGGUUCGCACUGGUGACAUAAUAGGAUGGUAUGCGGAUGGUACUAACUUAGUUGAACACAAAGACGCUGGAGGCUCUCCAGACAGCACCACCCUACCAAUGGCAAGACCAACCGUUGGUCAGACUGUAUCAUGGGGCAGCGGAACAACUAUAAGUAGCAGGACAUAUGCGAUACGGGCAACGGCUAAUGGAGGAACUGGUCCUACUAUUGACAGUCCAGCUAAUGGAAACACUUAUUCCAUUAUAAACGAUGUUUCCAUUGGACACUUCAUAGAAACAGUCACGUGGUCUGAUGCCGAUGUCGGUGACGAGCUGACAAUUGCCAUGACUGCAAAUUCAAAAUUCGACUUCAACACUGUAACAGGUGAUCUGACAGUAGCCACGUCCCUGUCUGGACCUGAUUCGACAGAAAGUCUCACCUUCACGGUGACAGAUUAUUGCGGCAACACAGAUGCAAUUACAAUCCAAGUCACUAUAAUAAACGAACCGCCUGUUAUCCACGAUAUGCCAGCAUCCGGCACGCUCCUUGAGGACACGACUCUUGAGACGUUACUGUAUACAAUCAAUGCCACAGACUCCGCUGACCCGGUCACAUGCUCUUUCAGUGGUGUUGUAACAGACCCAUUUACUGUGAAACAGAUUCCAGGAACAUCCAACUUUGGAAUCUAUUCAGACGCCAAUCCUAACUUCGACUACGAUACAGUAAACCAAUAUGAUCUGACAGUGGUGUGCACGGACGGAUACAAGAACAGCAAUACUGGAACGUUUUAUCUUUACCUUGUAAAAAACCAGCCCCCUGUGAUUCACAACCUUCAAGGGGCGACAACUCUGUCUACAACUGCUGGUAUUGGUACAAACGUAUUCACUGUUAACGCCACGGACUUCGAAGGAGAUACAUUGUCAUUUACCAUGAACUGUGAUCCUACACCAUGCCCCUUCGAUAUUUUCGCAUCCGGAGAAAUUCAGCUGAACGCGGAUAUUUCAAACUACAACACUGUAGGUUACGAUAUUGAGAUAACUGUAGCAGAUGCCAAGAACACGGUGGGACCGAAAAUAUUAACAGUUAUAAUCGAAGAUAUAAAUGACCCAGUUUUGAUAACCAACCUACCUUUGACCUCGUCUUAUACAGUUCCUGAAAACACUGCGUUAUCUUCAUCAGUAUUUACCGUGUCGUUUUCGGAUCAAGAUACACAGACAUGGACUUUUUCUAUGUCGUCUACUCCAGGGACGGGCUUGUCGUAUUUUUCUCUUGAUUCGGGCGGGCUUAUAUCUACUGCUGGUACCGUACUAGACUAUGAGACCCUCGCGGCCGCUGGGACAACGUCAUUUACGUUCACUAUUAACGUCAAUGACGGUACAGCCUCGGAUACAGAGCCGUUAGUAAUUGAUAUCAUUAACGUCAACGAGCCCCCAGAGUUCCCUCAGUCUACCUAUAGUUUAUCAACUACAGAAGGAACUGCGGGGGCAAGUAUAGGCACUCCAUCAUUUGGCGUUACAGACGAAGACAAUGGCGAUUCUCAAACAUUCUCGAUGGACUGCGGAACGGACACAGCCUAUUUCCUGAUGGAUUCUUCAACAGGAGAAGUUUUUUAUCAGUCCAGUUAUGAUACAGAUGCAGGUUUGGCAUCAACUGUCACGUGCAAUGUAACUGUUGAAGACGCGGGCGGACUAACCGAUACAGCGACGCUUUACAUUUAUAUAAGUGACAGUAACGACAACACACCGGUUUUCUCUCCUGCUUCGUACUCAUUCUUUAUCAGUUACUAUUCAUCCGCCGGGACUGCCGUUGGCACAGUCACAGCAACCGAUGGAGACACGGGAAACUUCGGGACAAUAUCAUACACAUUAGAUCAAACAUCUCUACUGGAUGAAUACUUUACUGUAGACAGCAGCGGACAAAUCACGGUUCUGAAGUCACCAAGUCCCCUUGGAUAUUCCACGACAGUCACCUUAAAUGUUACAGCAGCCGACAGUGGUGGAUUGUCGGAUAUAGCUUCUGUUACUAUUGGAAUAUCAGAUACCACGACGACGUCGACCACAACAACGACAGAUCGAUACAAGACGUUUGUCGAGGACGGCAGGAAUGUGGCUUGGUUGGUCGCGUGCUGUGUAAUAGUGGUAGUUAUAAUAGGCACUCUCGUCUGGAUUAUCAGCACGUGCUAUGGAGACAGAGGUUUUACAGCAUUUAAAAGACAACUCUGCAAGAAGAAGAAAAAGGUAUGGCGGCCUCGUCCUAGAAGACAACUGGCACCUCCAACACCCCCAACACCACCGAUUCGCCCUCCUAGACCGAAUUCAUAUCUUGUCUCUGUGCGAAAGCCACCGCCACCAAAAGCUGAACAAGCCUGGCGAUCAGCAGCAGUUUGAAGAACCACUCUGUUUGACACCAUACGGACCAUACCAUUUCUUGUUUUUGCACAUUAUUCGCGAUACAGAUGUCACCGCAUAUAUUGAUUUGAUGACAUAAAAUGCGACUUUAAACAGAAACUAAAUUAUUAGCCUGAAGUAAUGCUUAUCAUGUGAUCAUCCUUUAUGAAAUACUUCUUAGUGAGCAUUUUGGUGACAACUUUGUAAUAGGAAGAUAAAAGAAGAAAAACAAUGGCAAAACCCAAUCAGUUUGAGAUCGUCAAGUUGGGGUAAUGAUUCCAAUUAUCAGCUCAGAAGACUUAACCUGGAUGUUCUAUAUCAAAAGACAUAUUUCCAGAAAUUUCGAAUGCCACUAAAUAAGUAGUAUGUUCAUAAAAUACGAAAUUAUAUAUAUCAUAUUGGUUCAAAUCCAUUAAUAUAAGCAUAGACAGACGUUUGUUUUUAGUCUGCGUUCAAGAAAAAUUUUGAAAAUGUAACAAAUACGUUAAUAUGGACAUCGACGUUUUAAAAUAUUCUUCUUUCGCAAUUUUUCUUUUUCUCUGUCUUUAUUCGAUUGUUUUUUUUUGUGGGCAAAGAACGUCCACGACUUAUACAUACUAGUAUGCACAUAUUUAUAUUGACUUGUAUCAUAUACAUUGCAACUGACAACAACUAUGAUACUCAGUAUUAUUGUUGACAAAACCAUGAAAUACAUUUUAUACUUCUGCGUAAUUUGUGUGUCAUUAUUUUACGCAACAAUCUGAAGUCAUUUAUCAAAGAUAUCAGAGUGAUAGUUGUAUUUAUGAAACUCAUUUUGAAAACAAGUACACGUCAUAAGUUCUGCAUCUGAUGCAUCGAUUAAGUGUUGCAUAUCCAAUGACAGGAAAGUAUCAAGAAGUCGGAAUGUUUAAUAAUGAAUUGUUCACCUUAAGGGCACCUGAUGUUUAGUCAACUUCCAUAUUUUUGUAAAAAAAGGUGUUAAGUAGAAAAUUGUUUGUGUAACUUAUAUCCAUUUCUUGAGAUUUCAUUUUAUUGUUAUUGCAUAACACAUGUAGUUCUCUGUGUGCUUUUGUUUCAUCAUUGUCAAAAGCUUUUCAUGGAAUAGAUGCCCAAGCAUUAGAGGCCGUUA